UCAAUGUGAAUGGCAAAGUAGUACAUUUUGUGUUUUUUGCAUAUGCUUAAAUUACAAAUGUGUAUUGCUUUGUGUAUUUGCUAUAAAAUGGAGUCAAUCUUUAUAUUUCAGUAUGGGUCGUGUUUGUUGUGCAAGAACAAGUAAUUAUACCUAAUUCUGUUGUCUGGUUGGUCAGGUGAUCCAGACCAUCAGGACUAACCCAAAUGACAGGAGAAUCAUCAUGUCUGCCUGGAACCCUCCUGACCUACCAGAGAUGGCCCUGCCUCCCUGCCAUGCCUUUGUCCAGUUCUACGUCUGUAAUGGAGAGUUGUCAUGCCAACUGUACCAGAGAUCAGCAGACAUGGUACUCCAGCACUUCUCUUCUCUCAGUUAUUACAGUGGAAAUACACCUCAUAAUGAAUGACACCUCUCACUAGAGGAUACUUGGCUUAUACUUGUAUUGCCCUCAAGCACCUCUGACAAUUUUUGAUGUCCCCUUAUUUCAGGGGAUUUGCUGCAGUUGCUAACUGUAUGUAGUGGCAAGAAAGGUCUGAAUGUUUGUCACAUUUUACUGCAACGUUCAACAGUUGCACUCAGUAGUAUGAAAUGUAGUACUCCCAUUGUGAGAAAAGUUACUGUAGUUUUAAGUCAAAAGAAUGUGUUGCAAACCAAACCACUCCUUUGCACAAAAGGUCUUGGAGUUCCAUUCAACAUCGCCAGCUACUCUCUACUGACAUACAUGAUAGCUCACGUCUGCAACCUCAAGCCGGGAGACUUUGUACAUACUCUAGGAGACGCACAUGUCUACCUCAACCACAUCCAACCCCUCAAUAUACAGCGGAGCCCGAGACCAUUCCCGAGACUGGAACUGAGAAGACAGGUCUCCGACAUCGACAAGUUUGUUUACGAUGACAUCAUUCUCCAUGACUACCAUCCUCACCCCAAGAUACACAUGGACAUGGCUGUCUAGCAUCUUUUAUUCCCUUUCCAUGUUGAUAUGUAUUGUAUUACCUUCAGUGAAUAAUUACACGAAAUGACAUUCACAACUGCAAAAUAUGCAUGCAUCAUCUCAAGGGAAACGGCCCCACCCUGAAUAGUUUGAGCAAUGGCGGAGUUGCUUCGCGACAACCCAGAGCUGCGGCAGUUUCUUCUCUCCAAUGUAAGGCUCACUGGCGUCAGAAUCGGCGCAGGAGCCUACGGCAGCGUGGAGGAGGUGGCCGUGCCUGGAGCCGUCUGCGCCGCCAAAAGGAUCCACGAAGUCUUCCUGGACCGCUCCGAGAUCCCUGAGGCCGAGAUCCUCAAGUCGGCCGCCCAGUUCGCGAAGGAAUGCCAGCUGAUGAGCACCCUCCGCCACCCGAACAUCGUCCAGUUUCUUGGCUUGUAUUUCCUGCCCGGCUCGCGACUGCCGGCCCUCGUCAUGGAGCGACUGCUGACGAGUCUUCACGACUUGCUGGACCCAGAAACCGACACCCCUCCCCCGCCCGACGCGCCCAAGCCCUUCUUCCCGCUGAGCCUAAAGUGCUCGAUCCUGCACAACGUGGCGAGCGGCCUGACCUACCUCCACGAGCGAUCGCCGCCCAUCAUCCACCGCGACUUGUCGGCCAGAAACGUUCUCCUGAACUCGGGGAUGGUGGCCAAGAUAGCGGACCUGGGCGUGGCUCGUAUCGUGCCUCGUAUGCGAGUUGCAGCCACCAUGACAAAGGGACCUGGGGCCAUAAUUUACAUGCCUCCAGAGGCCAUGGAAAGCAAACUUGAGGAGGAAAAUGAGGAAGAGAAAGACAAAAAGUCAAAGUACGAUGCAAGCAUCGACAUCUUCUCUUUUGGUGUCGUGGCCAUUUUCACACUCUGCCAAACCUUCCCCUGCGACUUGCUAGCUCCCACCUAUCGUGAAGGUCGACAGCAUAAAGCUAGAACUGAGCUAGAGCGACGAGAGAGAUACAUGAGGAUGAUCUACAGGCAGCUACGCGAGAAGCAUCCUCUCCUCCAGAUGAUCGAGGGGUGUCUGGACUUCCCUGAAGACCGGCCGAGCAUUCGUGAGGUGCUGCGUCUGUUGGAGGAGGCCAGAGCUGAAGUGAGAGACGAGCAGACAGACAUGAACAAACUGGAGCUGUUGCGAGCUCUUCAGACCCAGCCCAGGAACCAGGAGAAUGUUGAGCUAGAGGGACAGCUGAGGAGAAAGGAAGCAGAGUUAGCUGAGGCCCAGAGCCAACUGGGACAGAAGGAGGAACAGCUAACGAUAACUCAGCAGUCUUUACAAUCCAGAAACCAGGAGAACGCUGAGCUCCAACAGCAACUGCACACCAGUGAGAGAGAGAAGCAGACAGUGAGAGAUGAGCUAACAAAGAAGGAGAGAGAGUUAGCUGAGACUCAGCAGCAACUGAGACAGAAGGAGGAACAGCUGCGAUCAAGUGAGGCUCUAGUGGCUGACUUCCAGAAGGCCAUCCAGCAGAGAGACUUAGAGACUCAG